UAUCAGGAGGUGUCAAAAUGAAACACAUUGGUUCGUUACAAUGUCCGAAAUACCACAUAUGCCAUACUGAUGUGGGUCACAGCAAACGUAAACUUACAUUGUAUGCUAUACAUGACUGCUAUGGGUCACAGCACCCAUAAACUUAUGUUGACAUGUGUUAUGACCCAUACCAGUAUAGCAUGUGUAUUUCGGACAUUUUCAACGAACCCAUUUGGCCUGUGGAUGAAAUGAAGAAAACGUUUCGAAUGAUGUCAUUUACAUGUAUUUCAUAAAAUGACUAACGACGUAUGACGUAGUAACGUUAAUUUAUACACAUGCAGCUCUGAGUUAUCUCCUGUUUGCAUUAUACAUGUAUAUAUUUUUCUCGUACACUUAUAUUAUCCCUAAUCAUCUUCAAAACUUUCAUACAGUGUUCUCUCCUUGUUUCGAUUUAAAUAUACAUAUCGUACGGGAUGUUUCUAUCACUGACACUACUGUGUCCGGUCGGAGGUAAAGCGAAAGUUGGGCUGCGUUGGGAGAACUCUUCAGUUUUGAAGGUACGAAAUUCACUUCGACAUUUAUUGAUAUGCCUGUACAGUGGUGAUAUGAGGGGAACGUCUAGUCGACACGGACGAGCAACAGAUGUUUUCGUCCCACCACGAUACGAAGACACGUCAACAUAUGAAGGAAAUGUAUCACCCUAUAUUGACUAACGUCGUCUGCUGACAAAUUGUUGUCCGGAAGUUCACAACUAGAAAAUACCUGUCCGAAUAUCGUUAGCUACGGAAUCUGGUAGAAGUUUUAUGAUACAGCAGAAUUGUAUACAUUUAGUCUGGUUUUAACGGUUGAAUAGGCCUUCUGUGUAUAGACCUCAUGCCUACUAAGGCUACUGCUAACAGUUAUUUACAGUUAGUAUGUGUAGCUGUUUGGAUUAUGUCACAAGAUUAUUCCACGGAUAAAAUACACGACUGAGACGUUUUUUUUUAAAAUUAAUAGUACUGUAUUGGUAUAGACCUGGAAUAUGGAAACGACAAAAAUGUCACAAAGUGAAUCUCAUCAUCAACUGUAGUUCUCUAUUAUGACCAGCAGUUUGUCCAUGCUUUAUGUUGGUGUUGUCCAUUAAGUGAUAUCAUAACUUGUUAAACGUUUUAAUAAUUUCAGAUGUGAUUUCAUGUACAUUGUAUCUAUGUAAGGGGUAUUGAAACCUCUAGAAUUGCAAGUCUCUGCUGAUGCAGUCACCAUGGCAACACAUUCUUCUGUGUUGUCCCUCCCCUCCCCUGGUCCAAGGGGAGAUCACUCAGGAGGGAAAGGGAUUAUUAAAUUUCAACACAGCACUUGGCGCCUAGAACAUCAGUCAUCUUUGGUUGAUGAUUUACUUUUCGAGAUUUAUGACCGUUGGCACGAUGGCAGACAUGACAGUUUUGAGAGUGAUACAUUCACAGAAUGCUCUAGUACAUCCGAUAUAUUCCACUGGCGCCGUUCUUCUAUUCAUCUGGAAACCACCCAUUCUGGAAGAAUUCAUCAAGCUACUCUGGAAGCACAAAGUGUACCACAGCUGCGACAGCUGGUUCACGAGUUAAAACACCGGGUCAAUGUCAUUAAUUCACGUCUUGUCCGACAGCUUAAACGACGGGAAAGACGACAGGCCAAAGUUCAACAUAAUGCAGAUAUUGUCACAGCUAUUCUGCAGGCAGCCUCUCAAAAGAGACGAAUUGAUACGAGGCUGCGAUUCAGUCUGGAGCCUCCUCUUGGUGACAGUGCCUUCGACCAAUGGAAAGAUGCUAUGCAAGCUGUUUCUCGCCUACCACUGGGCAUACCAGAUGGAUUCCGCAGAAAGGUCUGGAUCAGUUUGGCCGAAAAUCAUAUAAAGGAGCUGCGCAUUGACUGGGAAAAAACAGUGCGGUUUGUUUUCAAUGAGAGGAGCAAUCCGGACGACAAUACGUUGGGACUACAGAUUGUUAAGGACCUCCACCGGACAGGCUGUAGUGGAUUCAGUGGUCAGGAUAAUGAAGAAGAACGUGCUGUAUUGAAACGUGUCCUACUGGCCUACGCAAGAUGGAACAAGACCGUUGGUUACUGCCAGGGUUUCAACGUCAUCGCUGCUCUCUUGCUGGAGGUCAUGGAGAGAAAGGAGGACGACGCACUCAUGGUGAUGAUUUACUUGAUAGACCAUGUGCUACCAGACAGUUACUUCGCCAACAACCUUCGUGCCCUCUCUGUGGACAUGGCCGUGUUUAGGGACCUGCUCGGACUCAUGUUUCCGAAGCUUUCCAAGCACCUGGAUUAUCUACAGUACGCAGCACAGGACAAGACAACAGGUGCUAACUACGAGCCGCCCCUAACCAAUGUAUUCACCAUGCAGUGGUUUCUUACCAUGUUUGCCACGUGCCUUCCCAAGGCCGUGGUUCUGCGAGUUUGGGACUCCAUUCUGCUAGAGGGAUCCGAAAUCCUGCUCCGUACUGCUCUCGCCAUUUGGGGCAAACUGUCAAAACGCAUCCUGUCGGUUGGGAGUGCAGACGAGUUCUACUCACUGAUGGGUUUACUGACCCAGGACAUGAUGGAGGGCAAAAUCUUUGACGCAGACGCCCUCAUCAAGUUCAUCUACUCGUGUGCUCCAUUCCCAAUGCAGCAGUUACCAGAACUACGGGAGAAAUACACCUAUAAUAUCCGCCCGUUCAGCAGCGCGGGAGGCACCAAGAAGGGUAACGUUGUCGGAGGAAUGGUGUUGCCAAGCGACGAGGAUGACCUUGAUGAAGACGACCUUGAAGCCAUUACAUGUUUCACAGGAAUACUUCCAGGUCAAAUUGGACAAGGAAAAUCAAAAGGAGCGGAGGGAGAUUUGUCGGGGCCGAACGCAGACAUCUCAUCAGUGGGGCCUGGAGCGUAUGGGGCGGGGCUGGACUCUAGUGCCCUGAGCAACAGUAAUCUGUACCUGGAGCGUAUGUCGACCGACAUCAGUUCACUCAAGAAACAGUACGCACGACUCAAACACAGACAGACACAGGCUCACAUCAUACUGGCAGCUGCAUCUGCCAAGCAACAAGCAAAGACGAAAUUCAUCACCCCAAAAAUAGAAUCUCCAAAGGCAAUCAAUCACUUAUUUGUUGGGAAAGGUUUUGUUGGCGGGAAAAACAAAAUGGUUGCUGAAGGUCCAAGAAUAGCCACUGCCUACCCCCAGGCUACCAUAGUCCACCAUUUUCUACAGGAGAUUAAGAAACAAAGGUCACCCAGUAGGAGGUCAAGCCGAUCUUCCGAAAAAUCAAAAGAAGGAGAAAGGUCAGGAAUUGAGAACUCUUCUGGUAUUUGUCGAACAAUAUCGAUAGAAUCUAACACGAGUGAUGUGUCAUUGACACCGCCAGGGAAGUUAACAGACAAGUCUGGCUCCGAGGGCGAUAUCACACGCAUCAAAGAGUUCAAAAUGUACGAAAGCAAACAUUUAUCAGACCAAGAACUAAGUAGAAAGUCAAGUGUUAGCAGUGAUAUCAAGCAUUCAAACGAUGAUACUUUGACUAUUGAUUCACGUUUAGAUUCACAUGCUUUACCUGAAGGAAAACCAAGUGCGCCAGUUGUUGAUGGUGAGUCAACAUCACACAGCCAUGAAAAUGGACUGUCUCAAUCUGACGUUUACGAAAGUUGCCAUGGUAACACAUCUCCACAUUCCAGUAUUUCUGUAUCGAAAUCCAAUGUCUCCGACAUUAUGAGUGUUUCUAGUCCCGAUGAAGGAAGUCCCAAGAUGUUCCCUCUGAUCUGGAAAAAUGUUGAGAGCUUAAGUUUAGAGCAUCUCAAACAAGAGGAGUUAUUCUCGGAGGUGAAAGGUGAUGAUGCUGUUGUUGACAACACUGAUGUGGUUGACCAGAUCGUUAAAACAGAGACAGACAAUACGUCUGAUAUACCCAAUGACAGACGUUUGACAGAAGAUCACAAUGUGAAUGAGUUAAGCUCUAAAGGUGGUCAAUCAGUGAUAAAGGAAGAAGGAAAUCAGGAAACAGCUCCGACAUCCCAUAAUUUAGCUUCCAACUGUGAUAUUCCUGUGAGUUCAGUAACAGAUGACAGUGAGAAAGAUAUUGUAAAAGUAUUCACAGAGAAGUGGUUUACAGCCAAUAAAUACACAAGUCAAAAUGGUGGAACAAAGCUGUCCAAACUAGACAUAGAACGAGCGAAUUCAUCUUGUUUUGAAAAUAACUCUUCAUCUUCUGUGAUCAACUCACCAGAUCAGGAGUCAAAGAAACAGGUUUCAGACUCCGACUCCAGUUCUGUGUUUAGUCCAACUGAUUCUGCUUCAGAAAGGUGCUUUGGUUAUAGUGAAAGAUCUGGAUCGGAAAGAAGCUUGUCACAGAGCUCACAGGACUCUGUGUUAUCAAAUCAGGUGAUUUCAGAACAUUUGGGAAAUUAUUCCAAGAGUAAAUCAGCAAUGGUGUCUAAAUCCACGAAACAGCAGCCAUUCAGUCCCUUCCCCGUCAAACAUUUCAAUGAAAACAGAGCAAAGGCUGGCAUCAAACUGGGCAUGUAUAAGGCUGGUACAAUCCAGCAACUCGGGAAGCAGGCAAAACAGAAAGCUCUGUGGAGCAAAUGAGUUCAUGGCUGGAUUUGCAAAAUGCUAUCUGAUGUACGUUGUUUGCAGGAUAUUGGUGAGAGAUUAAAAAGUACUGUUGAUAUUUUAAAUGAAGUACUGUCUGGAGAUUACAGGAGAUUGUUGAAAGAUUGAAGGAUAUUGUUGCAAGUUUACAGGAUACUGUUCAGAUUUUACAGGAUACUGUUAAGAGCUUACAGGAUACUGCUAAGAGUUUACAGGAUAAUGUUGAGAGUUUACAGGAUACUGUUAAGAGUUUACAGGAUACUGUUUAGAUUUUACAGAGUACUGUUGAGAGUUUAAAAAGUACUGUUGAUAUUUUAAAUGAAGUACUGUUGGGAGAUUACAGGAAAUUGUUGAGAGUUUGUAGGAUACUGUUGAGAGUUUGUAGAAGUUAGAGUAGGUACCACUGUACUAUCAAGUUUGCGUAAAUAGUAAAAGUCUUUAAUGGUGGCUUAAUAACAUGAAAGAGCAGAAAUAGUGUGAACCUAAAACAGUUAAAAAGUUAAAAACAGCAGCAAAUUUUGUUUGAAACAUGUUUGGGAAUGACAGUGUGAUUACAAAGUUUAAUGUGGUAUAUGGUGUCAUUGUCUAUUCGUUGGGGCGAUCGAAAUAUUUCUGUCAUUAACCUUGUCUGUAGUUAUACAGUCAUGUUGAUUUAAAUACGUGAGCGAAUAUGAUGAAGCAAUACUUUGUGAAUCUGUAUAAGAUUGUUCUCUAUCAGGGUAAAACUAAUAACAAAGUUCAGAGUGGAAGUCUAUCCAAAAUUAUUUUAUUUUAUUUAUUUUUGUUUUUUAGUAGUACUGGUAGUAGUAGUAUUUAUGUUUUCUGUGGUGCUUUCUUGCAAAGUAGUAGAUUGAAGUUAGUUGUACAAUUGUAUUGAUAUCAAUUAAAAUAACUUGUAUGCUUCUAUUAUCAAUUGAUGUUAAGAUUAAUUGUACAAGCGUAUAGAUAGCAAUUCAAUUUACUUGUACACUGGCAAAGACAUGAAUUUUAAUGCAAAAUUUGACAUUCUCUAUUAGAUACUAAAGUUACAACUAUACGUACAACCUUAGACUGUGGUAUUAGUAACAAAUAUACAUUGCUUACAUACAUUCCUUUGAUAAAAGCAUUUGAUACAAAAAGAGGUUGGGUGGUCGGGUGGCACAGUGGAUAGCGCACUUGCCUUUCACCAAGGUGGCCGGGGUUCGAUUCCCCGAUCGGACGUGAAAAGGUAUGCGGUCACCUGCCCGACCAGAUGGGUUUCUACAGGUAUUCUGGUGUCCUCCCUCAGUCAGAUUCCCCGCUCGAUAACAUCCGGGCCAACAAGAGUCAUUAAUAUAAGUUGUAAAACCGGGCCAACAAGAGUCAUUAAUAUAAGUU